AUGGCGUCGUUUCUUCGGCGACUGCCCUGGCCCGGCCGGACUUGGAAGCCUCUUACCUUCCCCAGUUUCAAUUUCAAGCAAAUUCCGUUGGCCGAAAAGAUCGAAGAGGAGUUGAUUCCCAACUACAAGGCGUCCCGGUAUUACCCUGUCCUUAUUGGACAAGUCCUCCAGGAUCGCUAUCAGAUUGUAAGAAAACUGGGGUUUUGGGCGAGCUCAACGGUUUGGCUGGCGCGCGAUUUGAAAGGCCGCCGCCACGUGGCGCUCAAGCUGUUUGUACAUUCCGAGUCCAUGGGCGAGCAACUGGAUCACGAGAUUGCCAUGUAUAAGCGCAUAUCCAAUACUUGUUCGGUAUCGAAACAUCCGGGCCGCAGUGCAGUCCGAGAGCUUCUUGAUUCUUUCGACGUUGCUGGGCCGGAUGGAUCGCACCGUUGCUUGGUUCAUCCACCACUCGGCGAGAGUGUUUGGGCUUUCCUUCACCGCAACCCCGUCAGGAGGCUCCCUGAACCAGUCGUUGCUUUUGUCCUUCGUUGUUUGUUCCUAGCCUUGGAAUUUCUGCACACCGAGUGCCGCAUGAUCCACACAGGUCCGUUGCCAGUCCCACCACGGUUCUGCUUCUUGUCAACAUGGCGACUAAUACUGUACUCAACGGACCAGACAUCAAAGCCGAUAACAUUAUGUUUGGAAUCGUAGACGACUCGGUCUUCACCGCGUUCGAAGAGGGGGAGCUAACCAAUCCAUCUCCCCGGGAAACUGUGGACGGCCGAACGAUAUAUCUAUCCCGCGACCUCAAAAUGCCGAAAACCUGGGGCGCGCCAGUGCUUUGUGACUUUGGCUCAGCUAUUCUGGGGGACGUUGAGCACGUCGAGGACGUGCAGCCCGCCAUCUACAGAACACCGGAGGUCAUUGUCCAAGCGCCAUGGUCAUACGAGAUUGACAUAUGGAACACGGCUUGCAUGAUUUGGGACGUGUUCCAGAACGGCCACCUGUUCACAGGGUUCGACCCGGAACACGAGACCUACCGCAGUCGGGCACACCUUGCCGAGAUGAUUGCGCUGCUUGGACCACCCCCAGAGGCGUUGUUGCGAUCGGGCAAAGGCGACUGA